AUGGAAGCAACAUUGAAAGACUUCUUGUUUUUGUUGUUUUUGAUGAUAUUCAGUGGUAUGCCAUGUUUUGGUGGAAUAACCAGCACUUAUGUGAGAAAAACUGAAGCAUCUAUGGACAUGCCCAUGGAUAGUGAUGUUUUCAGCAUUCCACAAGGUUAUAAUGCUCCUCAACAGGUCCAUAUUACUCAAGGAGACCAUGUUGGUAGGAGAGUAAUUGUAUCAUGGGUCACAACCUCUGAGCCUGGGUCCAAUACUGUUCUUUAUGGUACUGAGCAGUCCAAGUACAAGUAUUCAGCAGAGGGGAUUGUUGCAAGCUACAAGUAUUCUAACUAUACAUCAGGCUACAUUCAUCACUGUACAGUGAAGAAUUUACAGUAUGAUACUGAGUAUUUUUACAAGAUUGGAUUGGGAAAUACAACCCGCGAGUUCUCAUUCUUUACACCCCCCAGAAUUGGUCUGGACACACCGUAUACAUUCGGUAUCAUUGGAGAUCUUGGUCAAACAUUUGACUCAAAUAGGACCUUUCAGCAUUAUUUAAAGACAAAUGGACAGGCAGUUUUGUACGUGGGAGAUCUUUCUUAUGCAGAUAACUAUCCAUUGCAUGACAAUAGGAGAUGGGACAGUUGGGGACAAUUUAUUGAAAAAAGUGCAGCUUACCAACCUUGGAUAUGGACAGCAGGAAAUCACGAUAUUGAUUUUGCUCCUGAAAUUGGAGAAAUACAACCUUUCAAACCAUACAUGCAUAGAUAUCAUGUCCCAUAUCGGUACUCAGAAAGCACAGCUCCACUUUGGUACUCAAUCAAGCGUGCAUCAGCUUACAUCAUUGUUCUCUCCUCAUACUCAGCAUAUGGAAAAUAUACUCCCCAGUAUGAGUGGCUUAAGGAAGAGCUUCCAAAGGUUAACAGAUCAGAAACUCCAUGGUUGAUUGUUCUCAUGCACGGCCCAUGGUACAGUAGCAAUAGUUACCACUACAUGGAAGGAGAGACUAUGCGAGUUCAAUUUGAAUUAUGGUUUACACAAUAUCGAGUUGACAUUGUUUUUGCAGGUCAUGUUCAUGCCUAUGAGAGAUCAAAGCGGGUAUCAAAUGUGGCUUAUAACAUAACGAAUGGGGAGUGCACACCUGUGUUUAAUUCAUCUUCUCCAGUGUACAUUACUAUAGGUGAUGGAGGAAAUAUAGAAGGCCUUGCAUCAGUGUAUACAGAACCUCAACCUGAAUACUCAGCAUACAGAGAAGCAAGUUUUGGCCAUGCAAUCUUAGACCUAAAAAAUCGAACUCAUGCUUACUACUACUGGCACCGUAAUCAAGAUGGAGAUGCUGUAGUGGGUGAUUCCCAAUGGUUCUACAAUAGGUAUUGGUAUCCUCAGAGAGAACCUACAUCAGAAAUCUAAAAGCUAAUAUUCUUUUCUAAUUCCAAGAGCAUCUCCACAAAUAAGAUGUCCUACCAGGCAUGGUGGGUACCUGGUCUUCAUGGUUGUCACUGGUCAUUAACGUCUGCAGAAAAUAAUGAAACAUCAAUGAUGACUUCAUGACUUGUGUUACUUUGAUUUACUCUUUGUUUUAUCCCUUCCUUGAAUGCCAAUCUGAUGACAAAACAGAGCUAUAACUAGUUAUUUUUAGUUAAUUUAAACUAUGGAGGUACAUGAUGUGCAUAUGAAGAAUCAAUAUUUAAAGUCAUAUUGUUUGAACUGAGGAAAUUUUGAUUUAACCUUGUAAUAUGCUUUUUUUUAAAGAUUC